GCAAUGGAUAAAAGAGAGAAAUAGAACCGUUUAGAUAUCCGAAACCCUCGCUUUUCAUUUGCCUCAGCCUGGGGUUUGCAGGACGUCACCCACUCCCACUCAUUCCUAACAAGAGUAUAUAUUAAGCUCUUUGAAAUGUGAGUAUUAUGGGAAGGAUCGCAGUUGCUUUAAAUUAUAGAAGUUGGCAAGUGCCUGGGAGGAGCAGGAGGUUGUUUAAACCGAGAAAGACAGUUGCAAAACUUUGUACAACAGUAUGAGCUCCAAGCUUCAAAAGUAUUCUCAUGCGCAGACCAGCACUUUAUUUUUCAUCAAGCUAUUUUUUGAGUUGUUUUGAAGCCGCUUCAAAUAAUAAACACAUAUUUCUGCUGGAAACAUUGUUUAAUGGUUUCUGAAUUCAUGGGACAAGAGAAGCAAGAAAGCCUCAUGAUUUGGUGGAAGGUUUGAUGUCAGCAAUGCCUAGAAAAGAGCCAAAGAUGUUUGUCUUGCUCUAUGUUACAAGUUUUGCCAUUUGCGCCAGUGGACAACCGCGGGGUAAUCAGUUCAAAGGAGAGAGCUACUCCCCAAGGUAUAUCUGUAGCAUUCCUGGCCUGCCCGGGCCUCCAGGCCCCCCCGGAGCGAACGGUUCCCCGGGGCCCCACGGUCGGAUCGGCCUUCCAGGACGAGACGGUAGAGACGGCCGGAAAGGAGAGAAAGGUGAAAAGGGGGCUGCAGGUUUGAGAGGUAAGACUGGACCCUUGGGCCUUGCUGGAGAGAAAGGGGACCAAGGAGAGACUGGGAAAAAGGGACCCAUGGGACCUGAGGGAGAGAAAGGAGAAGUAGGUCCUCCUGGGCCUCCUGGACCAAAGGGAGACAGAGGAGAGCAAGGGGACCCGGGGCUGCCUGGAGUGUGUAGAUGUGGAAGCAUCGUGCUCAAAUCUGCCUUUUCUGUUGGCAUCACAACCAGCUACCCAGAAGAAAGGCUGCCAAUUAUAUUUAACAAGGUCCUCUUCAACGAGGGAGAGCACUACAACCCAGCAACGGGAAAGUUCAUCUGUGCCUUCCCAGGGAUCUAUUAUUUUUCUUACGAUAUCACAUUGGCAAAUAAGCACCUGGCCAUCGGGCUGGUACACAACGGGCAGUAUCGGAUAAAGACCUUUGAUGCCAACACAGGAAACCAUGACGUGGCUUCAGGGUCCACAGUCAUCUAUCUGCAGCCAGAAGAUGAAGUCUGGCUGGAGAUAUUCUUCACUGACCAGAAUGGGCUCUUCUCAGACCCAGGUUGGGCUGACAGCUUGUUCUCUGGAUUUCUCUUGUAUGUUGACACAGAUUAUCUGGACUCCAUAUCAGAAGAUGAUGAGCUCUGAUGAGGACUGCUGGCCUGAAUGUCCCAAGAUCCUUAUGGCAGACACUUUGAUUUAAUCUGGGGCCCUGGAAGUUGGAAGGAGUGGAAAUGAGAUCCAAAAAGACUCCCACUCAGAUUCCAGAGCAUUUACAGACAGUUCUAGCAGAAUCUGUUAAAACAAGUUGAACCACCAAACCAUUGAAACCACACCAAAAUGAAUUAUAUAAAACAAAAACCCCAGAUAUGUUCUCUCAAAAGUGAUGUUCAUAAAUAUUUAAACAAAUUAAAGACAAUGUUACAAAUUUUCUAUUAAAUUUCCUGAGUGCUAAAACCAGCUGGCAAUGGUAUUGUCUCAUUAAAUCUUCAUAAAAUUGCAUUUUUGCCUGUUAUUUAAGAAAAUCAAAACAUCCCAAAGUCCUUGACAAUUCUCAAAAGACUGUAAUAAGUAAAAACACAAAGGUGAGAGAUGCCAAGUAAUUUCAAACAAAAUAAAGUGAUUAUUUUGCUGUA